CUAUUUGGGAAGAUAAGAAUGGAAAUUUAUGUGAAUUACAAUUGGUUAAAAAUAAAUUGUGAAAUAAGAAUGGAAAUUUAUGUGAAUUACAAUAGGUUAAAAAUAAAUUGUGAAGUGUUCAAUAUGUUUCAUUUGACUAGAAUUUUUAAUUCGGCACAAGUUUCGGAUCUCUAUGGACCUCUGUAAUGUUCUAUUCUUAAUUUUAGGGUUUCUUUGGUGCGACUCAGUAUCACUCCCUACUAAAGUAGCACUUGAAAUUCGACUUUUGGGUUCUCUGCUUUUUUCUCCUCGGUAUAGGCGCACUGUUUUAUCGGAUUAUAGUUUUGAGUUCAAGAAGAGCUCUGGGAAGCCCUAAAUUUUAAAGUAACUGGAAUCGGGGGAUAAUUGGCAAAGUGAUAAACUUAUGCUUGGAUUAUCUUGCUCUUUUUCCUGCUGUCAGUGACAUGAAAGUUGGUUAUCCAUAAGAGUUGUUAGUUCUUUUUCCAGCGGCUGAGAAAGAAUGGGCUCUGCUUGUUGUGUUGCUGCAAGGGAUAGAACUAUAACAAACAGAUCGUCAAGUGAAGUUUUGCAAAGGAAUGUCAGGUAUUCACCAUCAUGGAGCUGUCGAUGGGAUAAUCGUGGACGAGUAGCUGGGGAAGAGACAUCUGUAAAUUGGUUGCUUGAUGAAGGUGCUGGCAAUAAUCGUUUGGAUGCCAAAUCUGGGACAACAAUAGGAACUGCCUUCGGUUCUGAAGAUGGUAGCUCAUUGGAUAGUUUCCGGUCACUUCCAUGGCAGAAGUCCCCAAUUACUGAUAGAAAUGCUGGGAUUUUAAGGCUUCCAUCAUCUGAUUCAUCUACUGCACAGAAUUUGACAGAGGUGAAGGAGUCCGCAGAAUUCCCAGUGGUUUCAUAUCCAUCUCCUGUAAAGCUGUCUCCUUCAGCACCUUCGGUUUCAUCUCCUUUAUCAUCCCACGGUCACCUGCUUCAUCCAAACUCAAGUCCUUCAAGGUGCCAUCACCGUUCUCCUGGACACCAGCUAUUACGGCAAGUAUCAGAUAGUCGGAUUCCAGUAUAUAAGUCACCGACAUUAUCAAUAUCCGAAGAGGAGUCAUCCUUUGUGCUCCCUGAAUUGUGUGAUGAUUCGACAAGGGGAUCCAACAGGGAGUCUUCUGAUAGUUGGUCAAUUCCUGCCUUCUCUGAGCUCAUGGCUACUCGAAGAGAGAGGAGGUCAUUUGAUAGUGAAUUAUCGGGUUCGUAUCGUGACAAAAUAACAAGGUCUAAUGGAAGAAAUUCAGCAUCUCUUUCUUUUGAUCUCCAAACUUGUGGUGUUUGUGCGAAGCCUUUAACUCAGAGAUCUUCAUGGCGGAGCCAAGAACUCGCUGCUGUUGCAGUUUUAGUUUGUGGGCAUGUGUAUCAUGCUGAGUGCCUGGAGAAUAUGACAUCGGAAGCCGACAAAUAUGACCCAGCUUGUCCAGUCUGUACUUUUGGGGAGAAGAGGGCUUUGAAGAUGUCCGCAAAGGCAUUGAGAUCUGAAAUGGAUUUGAAAGUCCGAAAGCAAUCCAGGAAUCGCGUUGUCAGUAGUGAUCUUAGUGGUGAUUUCGUGAUGUUUGAUAAUCAGAAAAACAUUAGGCUGGAAGGAAGGGGUCCCAAGUUGAGCUCAAGUUCCAGCAUGAAGAGCUCUUUAGGAAUGCCUUUCUUGAAACGGCACUUCUCUUUUGGGUCCAAGGGGAGUAUAUCCUUGGCAGAGAAUCAUUCUACACGAAGAAGGGGAUUUUUCUGGCCAAAAUAGUGAGGAAUGAGCUUCCUUAUGGAUCUAAGAGAAUUUAAGAGAUCUAUCCUAGUUCAAUGUUCAAAGAUCGAUAAUUCUUGUACAUCUGAUUCCACGAGCACGUCAUCCUCUGAUUAACUGACUAGCAGGAUUAAGUCAUCAUCAUCUUCCCGAGGAACAAUGGUGUCAUCUGCAGGAAUAGGGUUAGCUAAGGUACACUCUGUGUAUGGUGCAUAAUUUAAAUUGAUUUCAUGUUAUUCUAUAGAAAAACAAAAAAUAGUAGAAGGAUAUCGAUUGUGAGGCUGAUUCUCUUUUGUUCCAUAUAUUGAAAUUCAGUUGUUUUCUAUUUUAUGUGCAUCAUAUAAUAUUGGAAGACCUCUCCAUGUAUAUGGUUAAGGAGUUUAUAGUUAUCUUCCUUUCAUUGCC